CAUUUGAAUGCUAUACUAAGCAAAAACGAGUUCUAGCAGAUGAGGCCAUUUAUGUUAUAUUGGCGACCAUCAUAGGCCGAUUAUUGAAAAAUUAGAAGCCUUUGAUCUAAAAAAGUUCGUAUUUAAUCUGGUCGCAUUUUCAAUCAUUUGUAUUCUAGUCUUUUUUAUUUUAUUGAAAAUGUCAGCGUCUCCUACGAGUGAGUCAUCAAUGAUGGAAUCGAGAAGCACGCCAGGAGUCGUUGCCUCAACAUCGGACGAUCUGUCCAACUCCUCCCAAUUCGGCUGGGCCGACUAUUCGGUCUUCGCGUGUUUACUCGGGAUUUCGGCUUUUAUCGGAAUUUACUUCGCCUGCUGUUCCGGAGGACGGCAGAAGACGCAGCGCGAGUGGUUAUCCGGCGACGGUAAGCUCGAUUGGAUCCCGACAUCCCUGUCGCUAUUGGCCAGCUUCAUAUCUGCAAUCACACUAUUGGGAACGCCGUCUGAGAUCUACAUGAAUGGCUUCAUGUUCUUUUACAAUUUGGUAUCAUUCUUCAUCCUUAUUCCAAUCACAGCUUUGUUGUUCAUUCCUGUAUUCCGCAAACAAGCAAGUGCAUCAGUAUUCGUAUACUUGCGAAAUAGAUUCAAUAUCGUCUUAUCUCUUAUGGCUUGUCUGGCCUACACAAUCCAAAUGCUACUUUACAUGGGGGUUGUUACUUACUCACCAGCUCUUGCCCUUAACGCAGUCACAGGGUUAUCUCUAAACGGGUCCAUUAUCACAGUAAGUCUUGUAUGCCUCUUCUAUACAGCCGUAGGAGGCAUAAAGGCCAUAAUUUGGACCGACGCAGUUCAAACGGUGGUCAUGAUUGGAGGCAUGAUUACAGUGGCUAUCGCAGGAACCCUGAAGGUCGGAGGCUUCUCGGCUGUCUUUGAAGUUGCAAACGCUGGACUUCGUCUAGAAUACGACAACUUCUCGUGGGAUCCGAGAGUGCGACAUUCGGGAUUCGAUUUGAUUGUUGGAGGUGUUUUCAUGUGGCUGCCGACUUAUGCUGUCAAUCAAGCGCUGGUUCAGAGAUACGUCAACGUCAAAACAAACAGAGACGCAUACAAAGCAACGUUUAUGAUUCUUCCUGGGUUACUUUCGAUUGUAUUUCUUUCGGGUUAUUGUGGAUUUGUAGCCUUCACGAAAUACGCGCUGUGUGACCCGCUCAAAGCAGGACAUAUUCAAAGUCCAGACCAAAUUUUACCCUAUUUUGUGCUGGACACGUUUUCAAAAUGGCCUGGCUUUGGAGGUCUUUUUGUAUCUUGUAUUUUUAGUGGAUCAUUAAGUUCAAUUUCAACAGGUGUGAACGCUUUAGCUGGACUUGUUUUAACCGAUUUGAUUCCUCCUAAACUUUUCACCGAGGAAAAGAGAGCGCAAAUUGGGAAAUUGUUGUCGUCAGUGUUUGCAAUUAUUACAGUUGCGUUUGCAUUUUUGUGCAAGUAUUUGGGGUCCAUACUUGAACUGGCUUUCGCCAUCAGUGGAAUUCUGGCGGGACCUGUCUUGGGCUUGUUUCUGUUGGGAAUGCUGACUACAAGGAGCAAUGGAAUUGGUUCUACAAUUGGAUAUUUGAGCAGCAUAUCUCUACUGGCAUGUAUUUAUUUGGGGACCAAAUCAGUCGGGUACACACAGGCUAAACUCAUUCUUCACGCAACUAACUGCUCGUCUCAACUCCCAUUGGACGAGACAAUUGACCAAUUAUAUCUCAACCAGAAAGAGUUCGGAGCUUACACUCUGGCAAGCAGUACUGAUGAUUUAAACUUCAUUCAAAACUCAGUGUUCCGACUAUCUUAUGCAUGGUACGGAAUGCUAGGAGCCUUCACCACGAUAACCGUGGGCUAUUUCGCUAGUUUGAUAGUUCGGGCUGUGAACAAAAAAGCAAGACAGAAUGUUCCGAGAGCAAGUCUAUUAUUUAAUUUCAGAGAUAUUUUUGAGAGCGGAGAAAAGCAAGAGUUCUGUUUGGAUUUCACCAACAGUCUGAACCAAACAAACAUAUAAAUUUAACAUUACUCCUAGCGUUGUUUUACUUCACUUUUCAGUAUAAACAUCAAUAAAUCGAAUUGAAUAAUCAUUAUACUUAAAGUUCUAUGGAAAAAUUAGCGAAACUUGAGCUUUGACCCUGUACAUGAUCCUUCAAGAAUAAUUUUGGAUGUUAAAAUCUUUUGCACUCUUCAAUCAGCGAUUUUAGCUUCUGAUUAGCAAAAAAAACUACGACGAAGUUGGAAAUUAAAUUUAUGUAACAAUGCACAAUUAUUAUUAUUAACAGUUUGCUUGCACAAUUGUAUAUUGAAAUUAAUUUGUAAAUGAUAAAACUCCAUACUAGCUACACAGAUGAUAUGAUAUC